ACUGAAACGAGCAUUCCCGUUCCUCGUUCAUGCUUGUGCCGAUUUUCGGAUAUUCCUCAAUGGAGAACGCCCUGUUCUAAUAUCCUCGACCUCGGACGAGGAAACUCUCCGGUUCGGCUCAGAAGACACCGUUUCGCGCCGCAGAUCGGAAUCUGUCCUCAAUAUCCCCCAAACAGAGCAAGCACGAUGACUGGAUAUUACUCUAACGCCGAAAAACGGCGGAUCGAAGACAGCAUGGCUGUCCAACCGGUUUCCAAAAAACCCCGUGACGAUCUCGCUCUGGCCGUGGGUUCGGUCGAGAGAGCUGUCCAGAUCUCGAAAGGAGCUAGGACAUCGAGUCUCCAAGCCCCCAUCAUGCUGCUCACAGGACACAAAGGAGAACUUUAUAACGGGAAAUUCCAUCCAGAUGGAACAAUGCUCGCUACAUGCGGAUUCGACCGAAAAAUCCUUUUUUGGAACACUUUCGGCGACUGUGACAACUUUCACAUGAUGACCGGCCACACCGGAGCGAUUCUCGACAUGCAUUUCUCCACCGGAGGGGAAUUUUUAUACACUUGUUCGACGGACAAAACCCUAUCCAUCUGGGAUUCUCAAGUUGGCGUUCGAGUUCGAAAGCUGCGGGGUCACAACACAUUCGUCAACUCUCUCCACCCAGCUCGCCGAGGACCGCAAAUGAUUGUGUCGGGGUCCGAUGAUUCUACAAUCAAGCUAUGGGAUGCGCGGCGGAAAACUCCGGUGAAAACCCUGCAGGAACAAUACCAGAUAACCGCCGUCAGCUUCAACGACACCGCCGAUCAGGUGAUCGCCGGCGGCAUCGACAACGUAGUGAAGAUUUGGGAUCUUCGCAAAGACUCGAUUGUGUACAGAAUGCUCGGGCAUCAAGAUACCAUUACCGGUAUGUCGCUUAGUCACGAUGGCGGUUUGCUGCUCACGAACUCCAUGGAUUGCUCUCUCCGUAUUUGGGAUGUGCGCCCGUACGCCCCCCAGGAACGCUGCGUUGCGGUAUACCAGGGCCACACGCACAACUUUGAGAAGAACUUGCUCCGAUGCGCCUGGUCGCCCGACGACAAGAAAAUUACUUGCGGCUCAGCUGAUAAAUGCGUUCACGUCUGGGAAUGCAAUUCACGGAGACUACUCUACAAACUACCCGGCCAUCAUGGCUCUGUCAACGAAGUCCGAUUCCACCCGUCAGAGCCGAUACUGGCAUCCGUUGGCAGUGAUGCGCAGAUAUUCAUGGGUGAAAUCGAGCCGUGA